GAUUUACCAUUGAUUUCCUGCUUAAGUACGUAGCUAGCGGAAAAAAAGUUCCAAAAUGGACAAUUGUACGGGCAAUUUGUUGGCCACAGCAAUCCUCCUGUCCGCCAUUAUUUUCUACAGGAAACUCAUAUGUUGCAAACUCCUGUCAAGCUACACCACUCCUCGACUCCCUUUAGGCACUCUUGGAUGGCCUUUUCUCGGAGAAACCCUCGACUUCAUCUCUUGCGCUUACUCUGACCGCCCUGAGACCUUCAUGGACAAGCGUCGUCUCAUAUAUGGGAAGGUGUUCAAGUCGCAUAUAUUUGGAAAUCCUACGAUUGUUUCCACGGAUGCAGAUGUUAGCAGGAGUAUUCUGCAAAGCGAUGCGAAAACUUUUGUACCCUCUUAUCCAAGAUCUCUGACUGAGCUGAUGGGGAAGUCCUCUGUGUUACUCAUCAGUGGAAACUUGCAGAGGAGAAUACAUGGGCUGAUUGGAGCUUUCUGCAAGUCGUCGCAUCUGAAAGCGCAGAUUACCUGUGACAUGCAGAAAUAUGUUCAAGAAUCUAUGAAGAGCUGGAGUGAAGAUCAUCCCGUGUACAUUCAAGACCAAGCCAAAAAUAUUGCCUUCCAAGUUUUAGUCAAGGCGUUGAUUAGUUUGGAUCCAGGUCAAGACAUGGAGUUUCUCAAAAAACAAUUUCAAGAAUUCAUAGCGGGCCUCAUGUCUUUGCCGAUAAAUGUGCCCGGAAGUAGACUUUACCGAUCGCUACAGGCAAGAAAGAAGAUGGUCAACUUAAUACACAGAAUAAUCCAGGAUAAAAGAAGCAGCCUCGACAGUUCAUUCCCAAAGGACAUAGCGGAAAUUUGGCUGAGUGAUGCAAGCCAACAGCUAACGGACGAUGUAAUAUCAGACAAUAUCAUAGACUUGAUGAUACCAGGAGAGGAUUCAGUGCCAGUACUCAUGACUUUGGCUAUAAAAUACCUUUCAGAUUGCCCCACUGCCCUCCAACAAUUGACGGAGGAAAACCUGAGACUCAAAAGAAUCAAAGAAAAUCUUGAAGAACCAUUGUGUUGGAGAGAUUAUUUAUCUCUACCAUUUACACAAAAUGUGAUCACAGAAACACUGCGAAUGGGAAACAUAAUCAUAGGAGUAAUGAGGAAAGCCACCAAGGACGUUGAGAUUAAAGGACAUUUCAUACCAAAAGGCUGGUGUGUAUUUACGUAUUUUAGAUCCAUACAUCUGGAUGAAGAUGCAUAUGAUUCUCCCUGUCAGUUCAACCCCUGGCGGUGGCAAGAGCGGGACACGAGCGGCAGCAGCUUCACUCCCUUUGGGGGUGGACAAAGGCUGUGCCCGGGCCUUGACCUGGCCAGGCUUGAAGCUUCUAUCUUCCUUCACCAUUUUGUUACCCAAUUUAGGUGGGCGGCGGAGGAAGAUUGCAUUAUCAAUUUCCCUACGGUGAGAAUGAAGAAGAGGAUGCCGGUGUGGGUCAAAAGGAGGAGAGACAACUCUUGUUCAAAACCAAAACACUAGGACGAGUGGGUCAAAAAUGAACCGAACCUUCCCCGCUGCUUUCCUGGGUACAUCCACCACAAAUUGUCAAAUGCCAACAGAUUUCCGGCUGUUUGCAUACUCGGAGGUUGGAGAUGUAAACUCCCCCAGUAGCGAUGGCAGUCUCAGUCAGGAUCCUCCAAGCACUAUUAAUUUGUGGGUUAAGGAUUACAGCAGGAGUCCAAAAUUAUCUCAAAUAAUAUUUCGUUUGCAUCACAAACACAUUUUUCAA